AUGAGCGACGGAAGCAAUGAUGAUCCGGACCCUAUCAUCCCACUUCACACCACUCCAAAAGCCACUCCAAGAUUACCUGCGCCUGUGUCACCAGAAGCCGCUCACUUUCUGAAUGAUCUGAGGAAUUAUGUUCCUAUAGGGUCACUGGUUCUGAAUGGAGCCUCUGGCGCAGAACCAGCUUGGGAGGAAGUUCAAGUCAAUCACCUCGCCACUCUGACCGACUCAGGCCUCUCCGACCAGAACGCGCUUGAUGUUGAGAAGCUUCUUGCUCGCCGGCGCAUCCGAGCCUUUGCGAGCAUCCCUUGGAAAUCUGUACUACGAAUUUAUGUAUUGCCCAGUGAUGUCGGCCAUCGCUUCCUCCAGCAAGACCGUGGACUGGACACCCAUUUGUUUUCGCUGAUUCGAAAUCUCGAUGUUUCUCCGAGCGCAUGGAAUGGCCAACCAGCCGUACAAAAGUCCUUCGAGAUGUACGCAACUGGAGAAGAAGGAUCGCUGUAUUAUCUGUUCAACAACAUUCCGUCUCCGAAUCCAACACCGGAGGCAAUCACAAGUCACUUCCAUCGCGAGAGUAUGCUUGAUCUUCUGGACCCUGAGUAUCAAUUGCCUGGCCUCAAGACAGUUCUAUAUCCCUACCAACGACGAUCUGCGGCUCAAAUGCUGCAAAGAGAAUGCGAAGACAAACUCGAACUCGACCCUCGCCUUGAGAAGCGUAUCGCCCUCGAUGGUUCAACUUAUUAUUACGAGCCUUGGGAUGUCUCAUUCUUGCGAAGUCCUCGCUUCUAUGAGUCCUGUAAAGGGGGCAUACUCGCAGAGACCAUGGGGCUAGGCAAGACUUUGAUCUGUCUCACACUGAUUCUUGCGACUCGUGGCUAUCUUCCUCGUACGCCAGCUCAGUAUGACCGAGUAAUUGUUCGACCAAAAGUUGUGAGUCUUCUGGAUAUGGCUAUCUCAGCCGUCAACCGACAUUCUGCUCCAUGGCCGUCUUUCUUCGAGAGGCAUGAAGAGCUCACUGGCGAACACAUGGGACACUGUAUCGAUUUGAUGCGACAGAACGCACCCUCUUACGAGAUCCCCAUCGAGCCUAUUCGCUGGAACCGUAAGACUACUGUACCAGCCCCAAAGAAGGUAACACUAGCGGCAACAACCCUUGUUGUCGUUCCAAGGAAUUUGCUAUCUCAAUGGAAGUCGGAGCUGGAGAAGCACACAUCAGGAGUUCUCAAAACUCUAGUCAUGGACGAUACUCGUGUCAAUCUUCCUCCGCCAGAGAUACUGGCAUCCUUCGACCUCGUCCUGUUCAGUCGACCUCGAUUUGAAUAUGAGGACAGGGACGGAGCAGAUCAAAACGGUCGACGUAUGUCAAGAUAUCCACCAUCAUGUACUUGCCCCUACAUCGGAGCUACACGAACCCGAGAUUGUGUCUGUAUACGACCUGACGAUAUCUAUGUAUCACCACUCAAAUCCCUUCACUUCCUGCGAAUCAUCAUCGAUGAAGGCCAUGGCAUGGCUACAGAGAAUACGAGAAUCGCGACUGUAGCGAGUAAACUUGUCGAAGCAUCUCAUCGAUGGAUCGUCAGCGGUACACCAGCAAAAGAUCUCAUUGGUGUAGAAUUGGAUCUGGUUGGACCUGUUUCACAUUCUGAAUCUCUUCGACGCGAGACUCUGCUUAGACAGAGAAAAGCAUACAGCGUGAAGGACGAGAAAGAUGGAGCAGUCCGCAGCAUUGGCUCAAUGGCGUCAAAUUUCCUUCGCAUCAGACCGUGGUGUUCUGCCGAAGAUGAGAGAGGAUCCGACUGGGCAAACUACUUCUUCCGACACGAGAUGUUACGGCCGCGUAGUCGAACCUUCUCUGGCUUUUCAAGAUGUCUACGACAAACGCUUGAAUCGAUUGUUAUUCGAACACAGUCUGGAGAUGUCGAGCGCGAUAUCGAGCUCCCUCCUUUAACGCACGAGAUCGUCCGGCUAGAGCCGUCCUUCUACGACAAGCUAACAGUCAAUGCGUUCGUGUUCGUGCUAACUGCCAAUGCUGUCACCAGUGAAAGGACGGAUGUUGACUACAUCUUUCAUAAAAACAGCGUCAAAGAGCGGACUCAACUAUUAAACAAUUUGCGCGCCAGUGCCUUCUAUUGGACUGGUUUCAGUGCCUCCGAUAUGGAGGCUGCUAUAGAGCAAAGUGAAGGCUAUAUCAAGAAGCCGACCAAGUUAUGCUCGAAAGAAGAUGAGAGCUUACUCAGACGCUGUAUUGACCAAGCUAGAGUCAUGAUUAGUUCUGAGGGGUGGAAGAAGCUUACACAAAGUCAUGAGGUCGGUCUGUUUGUGGAAGACUGGCCUGCCGAAUCUGCAGCAUUCUGGUCCUUCGAUAGAGCAGACUCAUCCACUGCGCAAGUGCUGUGUGGCGCCACACAGCUGAUCCAAGCUCAAGAUCAUGUCAAUCGUCAAGCCGAACUUCUUGACCCAGCAGAGGGUCUUGCUGGCACCGGCAUCAAGGCUCUGUCCUUUCUCCAGGCGCAGUCCGACGAAAAAACACCUGUGCUUGUCAAGGCAGGUAUACCUUCGUCUUCGCUUGCGCUCAAUCAGACAGGAAGCAAGCGGACACCAGCCUCACCACAAACCAAGCCCGAAUCUCACAAACGCAAGAGUCCUGUUGGGCCCCCUGAAACACAGAGCCACCUCAGGGAUGCACAAUUGCCCGCCAAUUCAGCACUUAGUAAGACUAGCAUCGUCGGCACAACAAGUGCCAAACUUAGCUAUCUUCUCUCUCGUAUUGAAGAGUUUUACCGCGAUGAAAAGAUCCUCGUCUUCUACGACAAUGACAACACAGCCUACUAUAUUGCUCAAGCUCUUGAGGUCCUGCAUGUGGACUACCUGAUCUAUGCAAAAUCCCUCACGCCUGCCGUCAAGUCUGAUUACAUUGUUCGAUUCAAUCAGAGACCCGAGCAUCGCGUCUUGUUGAUGGACAUUGGCCAAGCUGCUUUUGGAUUGAACUUUCCCUCGGCUUCGAGAGUGUUCUUUAUCAAUCCAGUCAACAGACCUCAAGUGGAAGCACAAGCUCUCAAACGAGCCCAUCGUAUUGGUCAAACUCGAGAGGUCCAUGCGGAAACGCUGAUUCUCAAGGGAACAAUUGAAGAGAAAGUAUUUGAACGAGCGAGAACGAUGAGUCGAGCGGAACACAAGAACGCGAAAGAGCUGGAUGACGACGGUGGCAUUCGAGAGAUCAUACAAAGCGCGCAGCCCAUACCAGUGCAUGAAGCGACCGGUGCAGGUCGCAUUGCAUUCAUUGAAAGGCCACAACAGCUAUUUGCAAGACCAGGUUGGGCAGGCUGGAAGAUUGCUGCAAGAGAAAACUCCUCCAAGGCUCGCACCAAGACGAGUCAAAAGAGAAAGGCAGAAAACGCAAAUGGGAAGAGUCCUAGCAGAAAGCGUGCAAAAAAGCAGAAAUGA